CAAGAAAACAAAAGAAACAGCAUGUCUGGACGCGGCGGUAAAGGCGCGAAGGUCAGAUCCAAGGCGAAGACUCGCUCUUCUCGGGCCGGGCUCCAGUUCCCAGUCGGUCGUGUCCACAGGCUCCUCAGGAAAGGAAACUAUGCCGAGCGUGUCGGUGCCGGUGCCCCCGUGUACCUGGCGGCCGUGCUGGAGUACCUGACCGCUGAGAUCCUGGAGCUGGCUGGAAACGCUGCCCGGGACAACAAGAAGACCAGGAUCAUCCCCCGACACCUGCAGCUGGCGGUCCGCAACGACGAGGAGCUCAACAAGCUGCUCGGUAAGGUGACCAUCGCUCAGGGAGGCGUGCUGCCCAACAUCCAGGCAGUUCUGCUGCCCAAGAAGACCGAGAAGGCCGCCAAGGCGAAGUAAAGUCCUUCACCUGACUUCAAACCCAACGGCUCUUUUAAGAGCCACUCACCUGAAACUAAAAACGGGAUUCCUUUAUUCCAGUGUCAAAGCAAAAUGAGAAGAUACUUAAGAUGUUCAGCAGUGUCAGUCUGAGUACACUAGAAGGUGUUUGCUUUUUGGCAAGUUGAUCUGAGAGCUCACAGUUAUUCAUCCAAUAUCUAAAGUUGUAUUUUAAGCUGUCAAACUUCAUUAAAAGUUAAA